CCCGCAGGAAAUAACUGACAGAGUUUGAAGACUUCAAACACCCUCUGCAGAAUUCAGGGAAGACACAACUUAUUGACCUAUUCUUCUUACUUUGACCUUCCAUAUGUACUUCUCGACAUACUUUCUAUCAUCUCGCGACAAUUGACAAACUGGUCACUUUUCUCAAAAACAGACUCAACCUACCCGACCGACUCUUGCACAAUUCUACUAUACUUUCAACCUCCAUCAAGCUACGUGAGGAAAAAAAAAAAUGCAAUACUGGGAUUUGUUGCCUGCGGCAUGUAUGUUCCAUCCGUGAGGAAGUCAACUGUGCGGAGCUCCAAGCCAAGGGUCGGGAUGUGUUUUCAGGAAAAAAGGGAUGUCAUGCGCUGGAGCCUAUCCCAGCUGACUUCGGGCGAAAGGCCGACUACAUCCUGAACUGGUCAGCAGUCAGUCGCAGAGCACAUGUCAACACGGACAACCAUCUACACUCACAUUCACACCGUCCUAGAGUGGGAACUGAACCCACGCUGCCCGCACCAAAGUCAGAACUAUGUCAUCUCUGGAGGUGUGCUGGCCAGUGCCAAUGCGAGCCAUCGGCGCACAGAAUCUUCUUACUAUGCCUGGAGGAGUUUCUAUAGCAGGAUACCUCCACAAGAAGGGAGGCAGCCAGUUUAGUCUCAUGCGAUGGCCAUUGAGGUACAUCGUCAUCCACAAGGGCUGCGUGUACUACUUUAAAAGUAGUACUUCUCCCGCACCACAAGGAGCGUUCUCUCUAAAUGGUUACAAUAGAGUGAUGAGAGCAGCAGAGGAGACAACGUCCAACAAUGUUUUCCCAUUUAAGAUGAUCCACUUCAGUAAAAAACACAGGACAUGGUUUUUCUCUGCAGCUAGUGAAGAUGAGAGGAGGAGAUGGAUGCGAUCCUUGCGACGGGAGAUUGAUCAUUACAAUGACCGAAAAGAGUCACAUAUUCCAAGUGACUCUGAUUCAGAUGCAGACAGUUUCUAUGGAACCAUUGAGAGGCCUUUGGAUAUUAAACACCCAAUCAAUAAUGCAGACACUGAUUAUGGUGGGGAUGAUGACGAUGAAGAUGACGAAGACUAUCUGAAGCCAGACGGUGACUGUGUGCCAACAUGUGCAGGUCGACCCACUGGGCCUCCACCUUCUUAUCCCCCUCCUCCCGUUCCAUUGAUACCCCAGAGACAUCUAGGAUCCUGUUCGGACAUUCAUAAAGCCCUACCACCUCCAGUCCCAUCACACAACAGAUUCCAAACCGGCGCAAACCCCAAAAGAACGCUGCCAUCCAUACGCCCUCCCAUUCUGAAGGACCCAAACAAAGGUCCACCUCCUCCUCCCCCCUUUGCCACCCAGCUGCACAAUCACCUCUCUCCUACCCCACCACCCCUUCCUCCCCCCAAUUCACAGCGACCUCUUAAAAACAGGGCACAGUCUGUGGUGGGGCCAGGGACUCACAGAAGACACUGUAGGCCUCCAUCAUCUGCAUCAGUCCAAUCCCCCGCCACCCUGCCCAUGUGUGACCAGUUAGAGAGCAAGAUGAUCGUCAGUGAUUCAGACCACUGCUCUCGUGAUGCUGUAACCAACCUAUCUCCGAUCAACAACCACCUUGCACAAUCAAGUAACCUCCGCAGUAAACCAGCCCGACCAGUGACCAAUGCUACAAAUUUUGAAGGCCCAACCCCAAAACCUCGAAUGGCGUACCCCGUGUUGCUGACUCAGACACCCACCAGCUACCCACCGCUACCCCGCCACCCACCUCGAUCUCCUCGUCUUCAAACUGGACUGCAUAAUGAGAGUACCGAUGCACCAAAAGCUCCACCAGCAGCAGUCAAGCCUCCACUGCCUUUAACGAAGCCAGGGACACCCCUUAAAAGAGCAGCUCCAGAAGGUCAAAGUUUCCGUUCAUCAGGAGACACGACCACGAUGGAGUUCAGAAAGAAACAAGACUUGACCGAGUGUACAGAAGGAGACGGUACUGACGAAGAUUACGAUAAUAUGCAUCUGCCAGAAUCCAUUUUCAUUGACUCGACGGAAACCAGCUUUGUAGAGAAAUUAUUUAAGGAGAGCUCUGUUGUUCCGCAAGAUGGACUUUAUGGCAUUAGAAACUCUGGAACCAAAACCUCCAAGGUGCUGGUGGUAUGGGAUGUCAGCAUAGACAAAGCCAGAAACUACCGGUUGUUUGAAGAGGGUGAGCAGGUGUUUCUCGACUGCGAUGUGACCUUCCCCACUCUUUCAGCUCUGAUCGAACACUACUACAGCCAUCCUCUUCCUCACCAGGGCUCCCUUUGCCUGCAGAAACCCUACUCAAAAUAAGCACCACGUGAACGAGAACUUGCAAGGUUGAAACGUUGACUCCCAUGGAGACAAUCCUGCUUUAAAUUCAGAAUUGAGUCACAGCUGUAGUAGAGACAAAUAACACUUGUCACUUGGGGUCACACAACCACAGUAGUGUAAAUGUUAGGUUGAGGGAAAUGCUUGCAUCAAUAUAGCACUCUUUCGAUUGAGCUAAUAUGGGUUUGAGAAUGACUGACAUGUCUCUUCUUUUUUUUUUUUUGCUAGUUGAAUAACCCAUGACACUCAGCCAAAAUGAAAAUGUUUUAUCCCAAAAAGGCAUGUCAACUCCGAAGGGCUACAUUCAUUAGUAUGGCGGUCAAAUGUGAAAUUGUGUCUUGUUUUCAUAUGCAGUAUUUCACUGAAUCUUCCUAUUGAAGAAUAUAAUCUCUCUGUCUAUUCCAGACUGAAGUGUCUAUAUGUCUGAGUGCACUUUUAUAUAGCUUAAGAACCUGACAUUGAACUGGCUAGGGCUGUCAUAGAAUGAGCUAUUUUUUUAUACAUGUAAUUUUAAUGCUGGUCAUCACUAUACAGUGUAUUUAUAUUUAGUAUCCAUGAUGUAUGUUAAGAUGUAAAACGGUGUAUGCAAAUGUAAAUAUGAAGGUUUUCUUAUACACAGUAAAAUGAGACUGAAUAAAAUGGA